CGAAGCAGCAACGCAGAAUCCAACUCCAUCUCGAUAAAUUGUGUGGAGUGUAGGUGCAGGUACAAUGCUGGGAGAGACUGGGUGUGUGUGGUAGACAAGGCGAAUUGAUGAUGCCGCCCAGAUAAUGGGAUGGUGUGUAUGAAACCAGUUGCACAGAGGGAGGUAGGUGUGGGUACCAAGGGCAUAGUCAAAUGCCACUUUCAAAGUCUCUAUGUUUGAUGACUGGCAGUUCCUAGCCCGAUCCGGAAAAAGUGGUUAGCUGGAUAGUGGUUCGAUGAGAUACCUAUCCUUUGUCUCUGAGUGAAGGCUGCCUGUGAAACAGCUACUUGAACUGUUCCUAGUUACCCGGACAAAGAAGGGCAUGAUGGAUCUGGAGAUGAUAGGGCUUUGUUGUCUAAGACCUAAAAUAUACAUCUCAUCACCAAUCGGGUAGCUACCUUACCUACUUAAUUUGCCUACACGAGCUCAUAAUAAUCCAGACAUUGGUCAAAACUGCCCCUCACACCGGAGUACCGAGGUUUUAUCUGAACCGCCAUAAUGGCAUCUCCGAACGACAGCACAAUUCGCGAUGAUUCCGGCUUUGUGGGCGUCCAACGCUCUACAGAUACACCUUUUGGCGAGAAGAUCGAAGAGCGAGGGUGGAAAAACAUGACACUGGUAGCCUUUCCACUCGAGCGGCCCGAGGUGGCCGAAAGAGAAGCUUACAAAAACGAAUCGCCUGUUACCAACAAAUCCCUCAUCUGGCUACAGGCUCGUCCCAAGGGCUUUGUUUUGAUCCGUUGGUUUACUCUCCCGAAGUACGUGACCAAAAAUGGUGUGAUGGUAGGGCUGUUCCACUCUGUGGACAAACCGGAGGAGCAGGUGGUCAUCAAACAGGUGCUGGGCAAUAUCUCGUGGCGAUUGUCAAGCAAUGUCAACGGAAUCAUACCAGAGAUUGAGUACAUGACUUUGGACGACCCUGCAGCGUACAGAUCGCUAGAAUAUGACCCUAUUCUCUAUCCAAUCUCGCAGAUGUAUGCAGUUCAGAUACAUGAUUACGGAACUAGACCCGACAACGACAUAAAGAACUGGCACGGAGACUCACAGUCAACCAUGUUCAUGAAAUACUACAAUGGCGGCUCGCUCUGGGAACUCCUGGAGAAUUACAAGAAAGGGCGCUUGUCUAAAAAUUCGGAGCGUACAGGAGCCGAGGAUAUCCCCGAGGAAUUCAUCUGGCAUUUCAUCGCCCAAGUCGGGCGGGCUUAUGCCUACCUGCACACAGGCCAUGUGAAAUCUCCAGAGGAGAACCUCCGGAAUAACAACCACUUGAAGCCCGACUUGAAGCAUCCAACGUUGAUAGAUUGGGUCUCGAUUGGCCACAAUGACGGCCACUUACACAAUAUUUGGCUGCACUACCCUUCUGCUGAAGAAAAACAAAAAGACCCCCGACUCGAAAACUUUAACGCCUGUUUCCCACAGAUUCACCUUGCAGACUUUGGCCUGGCGUGCGACGUGAAACAUGACGUUCACGGUGAAUACAAGGCAAGGUUGAAAAAGCUUCCAGAGCCGGGGACGUGGUUUGACAAGAUGUAUUUCGGUGUGAUGCUAAAGACACUGUUGACUAUCUCUGAAAAACACAUCAAAGCGUGGGGUCUGGGCAGAGAGCUAGCCUUUCACGUUGCCGAACGGGAACAAGCCGGCGAUGAGAUCAAAUUUCCCUUUACCAAACUCGCAACCUCCAAGAAGUUGCGAGCAAAAUACAGCGGAGAACUGCUUGAUCUCGUGGGGAAAUUUGAGGAUAUGUUUGAUUUCGCAGCCGAAGAAUACGACAACACGGCGGACAUGAAGGAAGCAACAUGUGCAUGGUGGACCGAAUUUACUCAAACCAAGAAGGUACAAAGGGAAAGACGCUGGGAGGAAUGGCCCAGCAACGACUGGCUUUACGGACAUGUCAUUGCGUUGGCCGAUUAUAAACUGGAUCAGCAUAGAAGGGCGAAGGACAAAAGGGAUCGCCCGGUCAUGUGGACCAUGGGCAUCAGGGGCGGGAUGCCUUAUCGGGCUUAUGACCCGCAGCGAUGGCCUUUCACUGCUACCCAGGACUUUCAGCAAGCUCACAUGGCUCUCGCCGCGAUUAGGGUACACACGUUUCCUUUUUGGCCUUCCCGGUCGGCUGUCAUCAUGGUUAUGGAAGCCCGCGGUGGGAAAUACAAAGACCUCGUCCGAACAAUUCACCGGCACAACAAAAUAUUGAAUGACCGACGAAAACUGCUCAAAAUAGCCGAGAAGAAUUACACGUAUCCGUUCAUGAACAACUUUUAUGUGAAGCCGCUGAUCACCGCCCCCCAGGCCGGGACGUCCACCCCUUCGCAUGCACAUCAGUCUUCAAGCCCACAACAGUCUGGAAGGUCACAGCAGUCCUCGAGCUCGCACCAGUCGUCAAUCCCAACUAUGAGCACCAACUCCCCCCUUAGAGAAGCUGCCAUCGUGGCCCGAGUGAACAAGCCAGUCUGGGAACUAUAUCCCUUCAUGGCCAGGGAGCUUAGUACUCUCGACAUCCGGAGGUCCCGCCAAAUCGACAUUGCCACACGUGGGAAUCUUUCCGACAUUGAUAAGAGGAUACUUGCCAUUGUGGACAAACAUGUGAAGAAUAUUUUGGCGGCGAGAAGCUCUUUUUGGGCCGAGGUGGAGCGCAGAAAGGUCAAGCACCUACAGGAGGAAAAGCAUCAUGUAAAUUCCACUUUUGAGGGCAGGAAGGCUGAUUAUAGCUUGGCUCAUGUUUACAAGGAGAGAAACAUAAUUUCCCAAAUCAGCAUGCAUCACGAGUUCGACCGCAAGCAUAACGACACCAUCCGUAGGAUUAACAACGAAGUUCGAUUCUUGGAAAGCCUCAUGGAAUGGUGGAAGGACCAGAUAUCGUUCAUCAACAAUCAACAAUUCACAGACGGUGGCACUGUGCCUGUGCACCGUGAUUCCAAGAGCAAGCCUGAUCUUUACGAUGAGUGGAUGUUAGAGGCCGAGCACGAGCAGUCAAGCUCUGCCGAUCCUGAUGGGAAAUCCACGAUCCUGCCAGACCCGAAUGACCCCUCACACGAAAAUAGGGCACUUGGCCGCCUGGAAAAAUACUGCGAAUACGUUUUGAGAACAGGGUUCUUCGAAAACCCAGACAUGACCCUCAAAGAUGUCACAAACCUGCCGGCAUUUUGGGCAGCUGAUGAUACGAUACUACUCGAGGCAGAACAAGCUGCAGAAAACUCCUUUGUUGAUGGGUUAUCGAUGCCGGCUGACGAGGAAUCUGUCACAACUCUUAGAAACUUGUUUAAUGCGCCGGGCGACCUGAACGACGGGAGAAUGGACCAGACUAUUCAAGACAAUAUAGAUGUUGCUGAGGGGGACUCGUCAUACAUUGAUUCCAGUGUGAGGCGCUCUACUCCCACGACGAAGGGAAUUCCGCUGGCCGAGUACUACCGCAAGCUCUAUGCCGGUGAAAACCCUUGGGCUGGAGAGGAAGACGCUGGCGAUGGCGAUGACGCUCCUACGAUGGCGAAGAUGUCGAGCGUCAUGACUCUCCAGGUCCUGAGCGAGGAUGAAGAUGGCAGUACCGAUACACUGUCUAGAAAUCUGAAUAUUCCCACAAGUCAGGGGAGGUUGGUGGCACAAACUCUGCCUGGAAGGUAUCAGGGCAUCACGAUACCGAGCCAAAGACCAAAGACGUCUCAAACCAGGACCAUCACCCACAGCGUUGAUUCAGCACUGGGCCCAGCUCCUGAGAAAUUCCGUCAAGGUCCUAGACCAUGGACUUCACUGGAUGACUUUAUGCGCAGUGGAAUGGAAUCUCGUCUUUUCGGUCCAUUGCCAGUACAAACUUUUGAUCCCAAGCGGUGUAUACGAGCAUGGCAUCUGAGGCUAGAGGGCGACAGCACACCAGAGGAGUAUGUGAGGAAUGGAAUGGACAAGGCCAUACAGCACGCGAUACGGGUGGAGGAAGAAUUACAAAAUGGGGCUUGGGAUGAUGGGGCUCAUGGGCCACCAAAGCUGGAUCAAGGGGCCUUCAGUGCGACCAACACAUCCUCGGACGGUGCUGCCUCAGAAGAUCUGUAUACCUUUCAUCUUCCCUGGCUCUCGGUGUACAAUGACCUCGACGGCAUCAUCCGGCUUCGCAUAAACUUCCUUCACGAUGACACAACGACAGAAAACCCUACUCUUGUAGAGCGCCUGCGCAACACGUUCCCCUUUUUUGGCAAUGACAUGGUGCGUACCGGUGCCAUCGGCGAGUUCGCCGUCGGGAUCGCAGACUAUGCCGGCGGGCCCGUCUUUGAAGCUGCCGCCCUUAAAAUAGCCAAGGCAGGGUGGCGGCUGGAGGUACACGCUCUUGGAGAAAAUGAUCUCAAAACACAACUAGAGGGCUUUGAAAAGGUCGACGCCGAAGUCUCCAUCAAAAAUCUACGCUGGGUUGUCGCCCAUGUGCCAAGGAUCUCGACAGAUUCUCUCAGAAGACUAAAGGUAUUAGGGGCGGGUGUGAAUGUUUCUGGCUGGCUCUACCUUUCAGGAACAGGUAACACAACAAACCCCGCCGGACCUCCUUUUCGAAGAAUCCUGGACAGUGGAAUCCAUGGAGGGUUCGGUCCUGAUGGGGCGAACAUUGCUCCCUUGAGCCCGUGGCCUCAUGCGUAUUAUGCAAUUACUGGAAAAAAUGCCAAAGGAGAGGUCAUCAACCCCGGCCAGUCAAUCAGCAGACAAGAAGUUCUGGAGCUCUUUACAAAACACAACACUUGGUUCUUAGGCGGGCCUGACGAGCAUAGCUUGGGUGUUCUCGAGACAGGAAGGCUGGGUGAUGUAGCAGUGCUUAGUGAGGACUACUUCACAAUUCCGGAGGAAAGGAUCAAACAGUUGAGAAGUGUGUUGACGGUAGUUGGAGGAGUGGUGGUUUGGGAUUCAGGGGAAAUUUGA